CUUGGUAUAUCAACAGCAAAGAUCAGGAAGGAGUUCUUUUUCCAGAUUGGGGGGAAGAGGAGAGCUGGCUGCAAGGAAGGAAGGAAGGAAGCCUCAAAAUCGGGCAAUGUGUUGGCUUUGUAUGCUGUUGAAUUCCUCCUCUAACAACUCGGCGAUCAAAGAGGAACCAAGAGAAGACCUUGACGUCACCCCGGCUGGGAGAAGCGAUGGUGGACCCUGGGGAAUUGCUGGGGAGAAGACCCCCGAGGAGGAUGCUCUUGGCCCCGAUGGACAACCAGGGCAAUGCAAAAUACCCCCGGCAGGAGAGGCCAAUGAGGUUGAGCCGGACACCAAGCAGGGAGCACCCCUCCGGUGGGUGGUGAAGGAAGAGGGCAACGGGAGCGCAACGGUGCUGAGCGAAAACGAGUGGAGCCUGCUUCCUCUUCGUCCCUCUUUCUCAGAUAAAGAUGGGAAGGAGCAUGAGAAUGAGGAGAAUACACCUGAUGGACAGCUUGACAACGUUCUGCAUCAACACGAGGAGGAGAAGACAGGGGCAAGGAAUGGCGCAGGGAUGAGAGAGCAAGCAGAGAAAAAGGCGCUUUGUCCAUCAAUCCUUUCCCAGUUAGCUGAAGAGAAAGCGCAGGGAUGUGCCGAGUGCGAAAAGACCUACUGCAUGAAUGCGCAUGAAUCUCAAAUAAUUUGCACAGCAGAGAAGCUAUAUCAGUGUUCAGGGUGUGGAAAGCAGUUCAGUUCAUAUGGUUGCAUUGUUGCACAUAAACAAAACCAUAAAGGGCAGAAACCAUAUCAAUGCUGGGAGUGUGACCAGAGUUUCUGGCUGAAAGAUGAACUCCUAUCCCAUCAAGGAACGCACUCGGGGGAGAGCCCGUACAAGUGUUUUGAGUGUGGAAAGAGUUUUCAUGGGAGUACAGAGCUUCUUCAGCAUGAAAUGAGUCACGGAGGAGAGAAAUUUUACAAAUGUUUGGAAUGCGGAAAGCACUUCCAUUCCUCCGGACCCCUUAAAGUGCACAAAAGAAUCCACACAGGAGAGAAGCCAUGUACAUGUGUGGAGUGUGGAAAGAGCUUCGGUGAUAAAGCGAAACUUAGGGUGCAUACGAGAACCCACACGGGAGAGAAACCGUAUAAAUGCUUGGAGUGUGGAAGGAGGUUUGUUGAGAAAGGGGCGCUCAUGGUGCACAAAAGAACCCACACAGGAGAGAAGCCGUAUCAAUGCCUGGAGUGUGGAAACAGCUUCAGUGUGAAUGCAACCCUCAAAGUGCACCAAAGAAUCCACACAGGAGAGAAACCAUAUAAGUGCGUGGAGUGUGGAAAGAGCUUCAUUGAUCGGGGGAGACUUCUUGUGCAUGAAAGGACCCACAUGGAAGAGAGACCCUAUAAAUGCCUGGAGUGCGGAAAGAGCUAUUGCCAGAAAUCAGGUCUUUCCACCCACCAAAGAAUCCACAGGAGGAAAAAGAACUAAAUGCUUAGAAUGUGGAAGGGAUUUCACGCGAAGGCUUCCACACACCAUAUGUAGUUUUGGAAUGAAGAAAGAUAACUUAUAUAUACAUAAUUUUUUGUUUACAAGUCAAACCUGAAACCCUGAGUAGACUUAUUCAUUCAGCAAUGUGAUUACUGUACCUUAAAGGAACCAUUCCCCUUCUUUGAACAGAUGGAUGAAUGCCAUGAGACUUGUCCAUCUCGGAAGAACCUACUGCAAGAGAGAGGUUUCCAAUUACAUCUUUAAUGGAUUGUGCAGGAGAAGGUGAUCCUGAAGGCAACCUGGAACCAAACCAUGUAGGGCUUUAAAGGUCAAAACCAA